AUGGCGCCCACGCAGGACGAGCUCAAGAAGCUCGUCGGAUACAAGUCGGUGGACGACCACGUCGAGUCCGGCAUGGUCGUCGGCCUCGGCACGGGCAGCACCGCGUACUUCGCGGUCGAGCGCCUCGGGCAGAAGAUCGCGUCCGGAGAGCUCACGGACAUCGUCGCGAUCCCGACGUCCGUGAGGACGAAGGAGCAGGCGGAGUCGCUGAAGAUCCCGCUGUGCACGCUCAACGAAAAGUCCAUCCUCGACGUCGCGAUCGACGGCGCGGACGAGGUCGACCCGGACCUCGCGCUCGUGAAGGGCGGCGGCGGCGCGCUCCUCCGCGAGAAGAUGGUCGAGGUCAUGGCGAAGAAGUUCGUCGUCAUCGUGGACGAGUCCAAGCUCUGCAAGGGGCUCGGUCCGGGGUUCCCGCUCCCGGUGGAGAUCACGCCGUUCUGCCACAUGCACACGCUUCGCACGAUCGCGGACCUCCCCUCCGUGAAGGGCUGCGAGGCCGUGCUUCGCAUGGGGUCGUCGUCCACGAACAAACCCGACGGCGACGAGAUCGCGGUGACGGACAACGGCAACUACAUCGUGGACUUGCACUUCAAGGAGCCGAUCAAGGACGUGAACGCGGCGGCGAGCGAGUUGAAGAACACCGUCGGCGUCGUCGACCACGGCUUGUUCGUCGGGAUGUCGUACCAGGUCAUCGUCGCGGGGUCCGACGGGAUCAAGGUCGCGGGCACCGGCGGUGAGAAGGCGUGGUGGUGA